UAAUAGAGUUCUAUAAUAACAUAUUUUAACUUAGAUUUAUACCUAAAUCUAAAUGAGAAAGGAAAUAUUUUAUAAAUAUUGAAUUGAAAUUUUCUAUUUAAAUAUUCUUUCAUUUAUGAAUUUUUAAUUUUUUAGCUAUAAAUUUUGCAUUUUAAAUAUUCUUUAUAGGUUUUGUAUGUGCUUUUCUUAUAAUUGGAGAUAAAUUAUUGAUUCAUAAUAGUAUUAGUUCCUGCUAUUUGACAAUAUUUUGAAAAUAACACAUUCAUGUACCUUGGACUAGACCUAAGCACUCAAAAAUUAAAGGCCUUGUUGCUCAACGAAUCUCUACACAUUGUUAAAUAUUUUGAAGUUGAUUUUGACAGAGAAUUGUCAGAGUUUAACACUCAAAAUGGUGUAAUCAUUAACUCCUGUGAGGCUGACAGUACAUCACAUAUUGAAAAUAAACAUAAUAAAAAUGCCCCUUUUAAUGAAAUAUUUGGCAUAAAAAGUAAGUCAUUAGAAUAUAAAUGUCCCCCUUUUUUAUGGGUUGCGGCUUUGGAUCUUUUAAUAAACAAAAUUAAUAAUGAUAACAGUGUACAUUUAAAUCAGAUAAAAUGCAUUGCGGGUUGUGCCCAACAACAUGGAAGUGUAUAUUGGCGUAAGGAUUGGAAAAAAAACAUAAAUAUUUUUUUAAAUUAUGAAAAUAAACAAGAAAAAUAUUCAAAUAUAGAUGAUAUGCCAUCAAUUAAAUUAGAUUUCAAUCAAAGUUUACUCUUAAACUAUCAACACUUAAGGCCUUUCUCUGUUGAUUUGAGUCCAGUUUGGUUAGAUUCAAGCACUGGCGAGCAAUGCAGACUACUGAGGGAAUGUGUAGGAUUUAAAUGGUAUAACAUACCUUUGGAAGAAUCUAUCAAAUUAAGGGAUAAUAAAAAUUUUGAUGAAUACAAAAUUGAAAGUGUCGGAGACAAAUUAAUUGCAAUUUGGACUGGCUCUCGAGUGCAGGAACGUUUUACUCUUCCGCAAGUCAUGAAAAUAUAUUCUACCCAGCCAAAUAAUUACCACAAGACUGAAAGAAUAAGUUUGAUAAGUAGUUUUUUAGCCUCCCUUUUUUUGCUCCCUCGAAUUUAUGCUCCAAUCGAUUUCGCUGAUGGCUCCGGAACCAACUUUAUGCAUAUUGUUUAUAAAAGCUGGUCUACUCAAAUUAUGGAUUCGCUUUUACAACAACCAAGAUUUAAAGAAAUGUCUCUGCUAACUUCUAAAUUAGGAGAACCAUGUCAACAUUCUAAAGAUGAAAAUUUUUCACCUUUCUCCUUCAAACGCUAUUAUAAAAGUCAAGCAAAAAACGUUUUGGUUUCAUGUGCAGAUGAGAAAAAUAAUGUCAGCUCUGUUGGAAAUGAAUCAAAUAAGAGUUCCACCCCACUUUUUAAAAAUUAUCUUGAAUUCUCGGAAGAGUAUGCACCAUCUUUAGUACCAACUCCUACUAUACUAGGAACCAUAUCGCCUUAUUUCGUGCAACGUUUUCACUUUAAUCCAGAAUGUAAAAUUGCUGCCUUUACAGGCGAUAAUUUGGCCUCUCUGGUAGGCUCUAGAGCAGGACCGACUGACCUUAUUAUAAGUCUAGGUACCAGUGACACUAUAUUAUUUUGGAAUCGCAUAAACCCAGAGUCUAGGAAUAUCAUAGUUUCUGCCGACCCUCAACAUAAUUGUCCUUUUGAUUCUACUACGACAACUAAAAAAAAUGGUCUGAAUGAGUGUUCUGAAGCUCGGAAUAAAUCAUUAGAAAAUGUUGGAUCGGAGGCAAACCACUUUGAUACGCUUAAUGGUCCCUCGGCUAUUGAUUCAGCUCAUUCAUUUGUCAAUCCUAUAUCACCCUUCGAGCAUUACGUUGCCCUUUUGUGCUACAAAAACGGUUCUUUAACACGUGAGUCUAUACUUGAAGCCAACAUUUUAAUGAAUAAAAGUGAGUGCCAGGCUUCAUUAACAACGGGGAAAGCUAUAUGGAACAUAUUCGAUGAGAUCCUAAGUCUCACGCCUGCGGGAAAUAACGGUAACAUCGGAUUUUAUUAUUGCGUAUCCGAGAUUACGCCCAGACUUAAAGUAUCAUUUUCUGCGUCCACCGAGGAGAAAGGGCAAGUGGCCGAUGAAAAGGAAAAGGGGCAGAUAUAUCUUCAAAAUAAUCCUUUGAUUUAUAGGUACGAUGUCGAAAGAAAACUCAUACCACCCGGGGAAAAUAAGGAGAACUCAAAGUAUUCCAAUUUUUUGCAUCGUUACAGCGGGCCUUUCCCCUCUGAAAAUUCGUUUAGUCACGAAUUGAGAGCCUUGAUCGAGGGUAGAUUUAUGGCUAUGAAAAACCACGUUAAAGCCUUAAGAAAAGGGCAACGAGGGUGUGUCAAUAGCUAUGACGCCAUUAAAUUUAAUAAAGAAUUUGAAAGGAUUAUUGUUAGCGGAGGAGCAUCUAUAAAUCCUAAUAUUUUGCAUAUCAUGUCAAAUGUUUUUGGCUUGCCCGUGUAUAUUCUACCAGAACAGUACUUAGAGUCAAAAGACGAGACGAAAUCUAAAUUGCUAACUGAAUCUGCAGCCCUUGGCUCAGGAUACCUAGCAAAGUUUUCCUUAGAAAUAAAAAAAUAUAUCGAAUCCCAAUCUUUUUAUCACAAUAAAGAUUCAAAUACCGACCAUAAAUCUCUCACUGAUUUUAACAAUUCAAUUCCAUUUUCUCAAUUAUUUGACGAUAUGACGAAAUCAUUAAAUUCUCCAAGACUUUUGAUAGAACCUGAUCUAAAUAUUACCAAAAAUAUAUAUGAUAAGUUGUCCAAGUUUUAUAAUGAUCUGGAAAAGGAAAUAAUUUUGAAACAUCACUUAUAAUUUUAUUUAUAAUAUUUAUUGUUGCA